AUGAUUUGCACAGCAGAUAAUUCUCACGCGACACUUGUAGGCCUCUUCCUGGUCAUUGCGACCGUGGCGGCUAUGCAUUUACCCAGCGAUGUGGAGCUUCUCGGCGGUUACGAGGAUCUGGGCGAGCUUCUGCUGUCUCCCGAGGACGACAGUGUGGUGGAGAGUCAGAGCCUGGUGAAGGCGAUCCGGAGCAAGAGGAGUGCUUAUCAGGUCUUAGAAUCCCCAGGAUUGCGGAGUCACUUCAGGUUGAGUCGCCAUGAAGAUUCCUUGGAGGAAACUUCGAAUCAUCCGAAGAGAUCCCCGAGAAAGCGGCGCGAGUUGGAAUCCGAGGCUAUUGAGGAUAGCGUGGAGAUGAUCGAUCGCACUCCCAGAGGCACUGCAUCCGGCGAGAAGAAGUCCACCGAGGUGGAAAUGCCGCCUGACGUCGAAGAGCUUCCGCGUCCUGAGAAGCAAAUCAUGGAGCCCGGAUAUUAUCGCCAAGGCAGGCGCUUCGCGGAUGACUUUGAAGAGGAUUCCGUGGCUGAAGCCAGUGCUGUGAAUGAGGGAAUUAAGGCCAGAGCGCCGAGAGUGAACUUUAUCACACAGCAGAGGAGUAUUCCCGAUAAGCCAGAGUCCAGAGAUCAGAAGCUCAGCAUGGCGCGUGCUGAGGAAGUCUACAAGAAGCCUUUCGAGGCUAUUGAGGCGCCUCGCUACGUUCCUGACUACCGAUCGAGACUCAUGGAGCCUCCGCCACCUCCGCAAUACAAGGGAUACUCGGACUAUUAUGAUAAGUAUCGCUAUCCUGACUAUUACGAGCCCUGGAGAAGGAUGCGCUUCUACGACACUUACAUGUCCAGGACGCUGAUGCCUCCUCCUCCUUCGCAUUCAGCCUACAACAGCUAUCCAGAACACAGAUUUGACAAUCCCCCAACGGCCGUGGACAUGAGAGGAUAUCCUAUUUAUCCCACUCCGUACGUGAACGACGUCACUUAUCCUCCUCUGCCGCGUCCUUCUGGCCAGAGGCAUCGCCGCAUCAUCUACUACGCCAACCUGCCGGAAGUCGUGCGCUCGCCACCGAACGUUGAGCUGCGAUAUCGCUACAACAGCGAUUACUAUCCGGCCAUGGAGACGUACAGAAACUUCCGUCAGCGCGAGUAUGGGAAGGUGGACAACUCCACGCCACAGCCGGUGGCGAAGAUGCAGGAGCAGAAGCAGGACGAGGACGGGAAGAUUGAGUACUCGAGGAAUCCUGGUGUGAAGGUGAUUUCUGGCCUGCGCAUUCAGAGUCAUCAGAGUCAGCAGCCGCCGGACUAUCGGAAGUACGUCGACGAGACGAAGAUCAAUGAUUUCCCAGUGAGAUACUGAGGCUGGAGAUGGAAAUCUCACUUAAUUAAGGACACUCACGCGGAUUUUCUGAACUCACCGAGCUAGAGAUUGGCAUUUUGUAAUGCAUUUGCGAGAGAAAUAAAGAUUAAUUA